AUGGUCGUAGACCCGCCGAGCGAUGAAAGCCAGGAAGCCAGUAUUGGAUCAAGCCGACCCGCUUUAACGACAUUUCCAGUGUUCAUGGACCUGCCAAAAGAGCUCAGAGACAAGAUUAUGCUCAUGUCGCAGACUCCUAUUGUCAUGCAGGGAAAGGUCGUUAUCGAUCUGGAAUGGAGAGAAGGACCGCAAAUCCACUUUCAACCGUACAGAUCGUGGUCGACCGUGCCUCUCUACGCAGUCAGUCGAGAGACGAGAGCGUUGGCAAUCACCUACUUUGGAGAACCGCAGCCAGACUCUAUCCCGUUCAAUUCUUCGCAGGACUUUGUGGAGGUUGACUGGAACGGGUCGAUGCAAGCUGAGCGCAGCUGGACUGGCAACCACAAGGGCCCCGGACCUGUCCUCGCAACUCGAAGGCGGAACGUCACCGAGAAAGAAUGGCCCAUGCCGCCAGAAUUAUGUGAAAGAAUACAGCACGUAGUCAUUGAUGCCCGCAACGCGGCUUUCGAAGAUGACUCCAAAAAAGGGCCUUGGCGACUGGUCUUCGGGCUUCUUAGGGAUCAUUUCAAGAACCUAAGGAUCUUAGACAUCAAGCUGUGGGAUUUGGAUGAUGCGAGAUCUGACAGACCGUAUGAUCCAGUAUGCCAAGAGCUUUAUAGGAUUGAUCAACUGGAUUUUCUCGACGAGUUGGAGGACAUAUCUCGCGACGGCCAUACACCGUUCUUGAAGCUAGAGUGUGUCAGUAUCAUACCAGAGCUGCCCACGCCCCUACAGGCGGAGAGAGAGCAGUUCAGAUUUCGUUUGGUUAAGGGGAGUCACUUCAAGACAAUCAGGCCAGGUGAGCUUCCGAGAGUUGGUCUUUGA